AUGGAGACCCGGCUCCUGCUCGGGGCGCUGCUGGGCGCCUGGCUGUCCUCAGCCCUGUCUCCGUGGGGUGCCCGGGCGGAGCUCCCGGCCGACCUGGACCUGCCGCUCCCCAGCCCAGGCAGCGCCGCGGGAGCCCGGAGCGGGGGCGGCCUCGCCGCGGCGGCGCAGGAGUCUGGAAUGGCAGUUUAUAACACUUCACCUACAGCAAUGUCCUUGUCUCGGAACAGGAGAAUUCACAGUAUGAAAUGUGACCCACCCAAUUCUCUUGCAUGUUUUAAUGGAGGGGAGUGUGUGUACCGAGAGCUGUGCAACUGCAGUCGAUUUAACGCGACGGGGCCGCGAUGCCAGACAGUGUACAACACAGGUGCUGAAAGAGAUCAUAUAUGCAGGACAUGGGGCCAGUAUAACUUUGAAACUUUUGAUGGACUCUAUUACUACUUUUCUGGGAAAUCCACAUAUGCCCUUGUGAGACACGCUGAACUAGAUGAACAGAGCUUUUCCAUACAGGUGAAUAAUGAUCCUGAAUGCCAUUCUUCUCCUUAUUCCUGCAAAAGGUCCAUUAGUUUAUUCUUUUCUGGAGAUGAACAGAUCAAGAUGAGCAGUGAAGUCACCUACAAAGGAUUUGGAGUAAAAUUACCUUAUGUUAUUGGAAACAUACACAUCCAGAAACUAGCUGGAUACUUCCUGGUCAGGCACCAGUAUGCCUUCACCCUGGCUUGGGAUGGUACAUCUGCAGUGUACAUCAAAAUGGCACCAGAGUACCUGGGCAAAACCCACGGACUGUGUGGGAACAACAAUGCUGUUCUGCAGGAUGAUCUGGAAACUAGUUAUGGAAAACUGACAGAUGAUGUAACAGAAUUUGUAGAGAGCUGGCAGGAAAAUCCUCCACAAGGAACACCUGACUGGGACAAAUCUCUUCUCAGUGAGCCACCAUGCCUGACACAAAGCCACGAAUCUCUGCAGAGGGCAUAUGCUCUGUGUAAUAUCCUGUUACAUCCCCCAUUUAAACAAUGUCAUGAGUAUGUGAGUCCUCUUUCUUUUAUGGCAAGCUGCACAAAUGACCUCUGCAUGUCAGCAGCUGAUGAUGCAACUUGGUGUCGAGCGCUCACCGAGUACGCCAGAGCGUGUGCCCAAGCAGGAAAACCGCUUCAUGGAUGGCGUCUGCACUUCCAGCAGUGUGUCAUUACCUGUGCUGAGCCCUUGGCCUACAGUGAAUGCAUCAACUGCUGCCCUGUUUCAUGUCACCAGCAGUCCCAGUGCAUUGGCAGUGAGCUGCACUGCGUUGAUGGCUGCUACUGCCCAGACGGCUUAAUUUAUGAAAAUGAAUUGUGUGUCAAGCCUAUGGACUGUCCUUGUGACUACCAUGGAAGUUUCUUUGAAAUGGGUUCAAUGGUUUAUGAAGAAUGUAAUAACUGCACCUGCAGUGGAGGAAAGUGGAUCUGUACAAAUUUUACAUGUCCAGCUGAAUGCUCAGUUUCAGGAGACACUCACUUCAUGACCUUUGAUGGGCGCAAAUACACUUUCCAAGCCACCUGCCAGUACAUCCUGGCAAAGAGCCGCACGUCUGGAACGUUCACUGUAUCCUUGCAGAAUGCUCCUUGUGGACAGAACCAGGAUGGAUCAUGUAUCCAAUCUGUCAGCCUUAUUCUUAAGCAGGACCCCAAGAGGCAAGUGACCCUGACCCAUUCAGGAGAUGUUUUGAUCUAUGACCAGUACAAAAUUAACCUGCCUUAUGCAGAUGAAUUUUUUGAAAUACGGAAACUGUCCUCUGUAUUUCUGCAAGUAAAGACCCAGAUUGGCUUACAGAUCCUCUAUGACAGAGAAGGACUGAGGCUUUACCUUCAAGUGGAUGAACGGUGGAAGGACGACACUGUGGGCCUUUGUGGAACCUUCAAUGGAAACACAGAGGAUGAUUUUCUAUCUCCAGUUGGAGUAACAGAAAGCACUCCAGAGCUGUUUGGAAACACGUGGAAGACUUCAUCGGCGUGCGUUCUUGUGCACGACAGCUCACAGGUGGAUCCGUGUGAUGUUCAUCUGCAGGCAGCCUCUUAUGCAGCGGAAGCUUGUAGCAUCCUUACGAAAGAUCUUUUUGCUCCAUGCUACCCCUAUUUGAGUCCUGUUCCCUAUUUUGAGCAGUGCAGAAGAGACACUUGCAAAUGUGGACAGGCUUGUUUUUGCUCUGCUCUGGCCCAUUACGCUCAUCACUGCCGAAGGUUUGGAGUUGUAGUAGAUUUCAGAGGAGCUGUCCCAGAUUGUGUUCUUCCUGCCUCUCAGUACAUCUUUGUCUAUUUCUAUUGCAGCCAUUGCAGGGAUGGAGUAAUGAGCUGUGAUAACAACAUAAUAGCACACAGCUGCCCAGCUGGACAGAUUUAUAUUAACUGCAGUAACCCACAAGUGGAUCCCGAGCUCAGCAGAGAGAGGACUUGUGAGAAUCAGCUGCUAAACCUCACUUUCUCAGCACACCUCCCUUGUGUGUCAGGCUGUGUCUGCCCACCAGGUCUUGUGAAACAUGGGGACAUGUGCUUGGAUGCAGAUGAAUGUCCGUGCUCAUGGAAAGGAAAGGAAUAUUUUCCAGGUGACAAAGUAAUUUCUUCCUGUCAUACAUGCAUUUGCCAGCAUGGAUCGUUCCAGUGCACCUUCCAGCCUUGCCCGUCGAUGUGCACAGCGUACGGGGACCGGCACUACCGGACCUUCGAUGGACUCACCUUUGACUUUGUUGGAACUUGUAAGGUUUACCUGGUUAAGGGUAUUUCUUCAACCAGUCUUUCUGUCAUUAUAGAGAAUGUUGACUGCUUUAGUACUGGAAUCAUUUGCAGAAAAAAUGUUUUCAUUAAUGUUGGAAAAUCUCUUUUAGUAUUUGAUGAUGAAACUGGGAAUCCAAGCUUAUCUAGUUACAUAGAUGGCCUACAAAAAAUGCAGUUAUGGAAAGCUGGAUUUUUCACUGUUGUUCAUUUUCCUGAUGAACAUAUCACCAUUCUUUGGGAUCAGAGAACAACAGUUCAUGUGCAGAUGGGGCAUCAGUGGCAGGGAGAAUUGACUGGAUUGUGUGGAAAUUUUGAUUUGAAGACAGUAAAUGAACUGAGGACUCCAGAUAAUUUUGAAUUAACGAACUCACAAGAGUUUGGAAACAGUUGGACAGCUGUAGAGUGUGUUGACAGCUCUGACAUUCGAAAUCCAUGCAGUUUGAACCCCCUUAGAGAGCCAUUUGCCAAGAAGGAAUGUGGGAUACUGCUAAGUGAAGCAUUUGAAGCUUGCCACCCAGUGAUCGACGUCACCUGGUUUUACUCCAACUGCUUGACAGACACUUGUGGCUGUACCCAAGGUGGUGACUGUGAGUGUUUCUGUACAAGUGUCUCAGCUUAUGCCCAUCAGUGCUGCCAGCACGGGGUUGCUGUGGACUGGAGGUCUCCCAGAGUGUGCCCUUAUGAUUGUGAAUAUUUCAACAAAGCUCUGGGAAAAGGCCCAUACAAACUGGUCAGCUAUUUGGAUGGAAAAUUUGUAAUAGCAGCGAAAUUGGUGGACGGCAUUGUUUUCCCCAUGAAAGAAGAUGAUAUUGUUCCUGGGCAUGUAGUGAGCUUUAUGCUGACUUCAGGACUUUAUAAACCCAAAGCACAUGAUUCCAGCUUGAUUUCAUUUGAAACAGCUGAGAGACCAAAUUAUUUUCUUCAGCUGGUCUCCAAUAAUACUCUUGUUGUUUCUAAAUGGAAAAAAUCGGAAGAUUUUCACAAUAGGUCUACGUUUGUCAUCCACAAGAAUACGUGGCUGUCGGGAUACAGUUCCUUUGAGUCAUUUGCAAAACCAGGAUUCUUCAUCCAUAUUUCAGCCUCUUCAGUUGAGCUUUUGAAAUACCAUCAUUCAGAGGAGUUCAGACUGUCAACCCUUUUUAAACUUGUAGAUGUCAAAUUUAAGCUUCUGUCCCGUUCUACGUGUGAAUGGCGUUACGAUGCCUGCACAAGCCCUUGCUUCAAGACAUGCAGAGACCCUUUGGGAAAAAACUGUCAGACAGUACCAAAAGUGGAAGGAUGCAUCCCUGCCUGUCCUCUCAACAUGUUGCUGGAUGAAAUCACUCAAAAAUGCGUGUAUUUUGAAGACUGCAUUGAACCUGCAGAUGACAGCCCACCUUUGCUUCUCAGCACUCAAACCCCAGCAGUUCCACAUUUAACGCCAAGUGCAAGUUUGGCAGUGAUCAGUGGAGAGGCAACUUCAUUUCCUGUACCUGAAGCAAAGGACAGGGAAACAACACUUGCUACAAAAUUGCAACUCACAGCAACUACAGGGAAACUGCAAUUUUUGACUACUACAUCCAAUAAAACGCUUCCAGCCAAAACUUUACCUCUAACUAUUUCUUCACAGUCAACAGAAAUUACUUCUGGGAAAAGCACUACAGCAAUGACUGGGACAACAAAAUCUUAUGUAAGCUUGUCUGCUUCUGUUGACAUUUCUUCUUUGUUUCCCUCUGCUGUCAGUUCAGAAACUUCCACAAGGAUACAGCUGAUCAGUAGUGGCUCCACUAAACAGCUGAGGGCUACAGAACCUCAGGCAGCAACUGCUACACAUGCAGUGACCACAAGAACAGAGCCAGAGAGCAAACCAAUUGCAACUUCUGUUUUUACUGGGGCACCACUUAUACUUAGAACAACAGAAGUGCCAGUCAAAACUAAAAUAAUGGAGUUAUCAGAAAUGGCCACAAGAACACUUCCCACGAAAGAAGCACAAGUAAGACCAGAAGGACUUACAACAUUUACACCCAGCUCAUUUGAAUCAAUAACAGAAAAAACUAGUGCCUAUGUGCCACAGCUUUCUACGUCAUCUCUGGAAGUGCCUUCAUAUACACCACCAGUAAACUUAACAGGAGCUUCUGAAGGGACAAAAAUAAGCAUAGAACAGUCGUUUACCACAGUAGCUAAUGUUACAGUGACAUCAUUUUCUCCUAUACUCAGUACUUUAUCUUUGUUAAAGCCAGUGUCUUCAGCAACAACAGGAACAGCAGCUGUUUUAACCAAACAGAGUGCGAAGACUACAUUUUCACCAACAUCCACACCACCUGUUUUAGUAGGAAAGACAACUACAGAACCUCCUCUUGGAAUGGUUCAACACCUGACUGGUACUCCAGAGGUUCUUUUCACUACAACUUCAGGUCCAAAGAUGACAACUCUACAAACCCGAGAGAGAUCAUCAGAAACAACUUUGUUAUCAUUUACAACUCAUAAAAAGGAAAUCCCAAAAAUAACAUCUCACGUGGAGCGUACGUCAAGUUCCUAUUUCCCUCCCUAUUCACCACAUCCUAGUUCUAGUACUGAAAAAACCUUCAUUCUUUCUACAAAGAAACCUGCAGUGUCUGCUCCUACUCCUGCUUCUCCAGCUUCGGGUGAAUUAAAAAAAACAUUUAAAACUGUUUCAACUACAGGAUAUCCCUUACACACGGUUCUAAACACAACUGAGUUCCUGACUACGUUAUACACUAAAUAUCCUGUCAUGGCUGAGACGAGCAGUGUGACACCUUUGUCUGUUAAGGUAACAUCCAAAAGAACAUCCCCUCUUGAAACAGCAACAAAGUCAACUUUGUUUUCUGGAAAAAUAUCUACUGAAUAUGAGUCAGCUCUGGUUUCAAGUACAAUGAAGACAAGCAGUCCAGCAUAUCUAGGUAGUGUUACAACAUCAGCAAUGAAAACCAAAGAAACCACUACAGCUCCUUUUGUAGCUACAGAAAGAGAAUCACCUCAAAGAACAUCCAUCACUGGAUCUCCACUUGCUCUCCUUAGUGGGACUGAAACCACAUUGUUGACAACACAGCCUGAUAAAUCACAAGUAGAAAGUAUUACUACCAUCUCUGCUGGAAAGCCAUCUGCUUUGUCUUUUUCACCAUCAGGUUCUCUGAUUUCUGUAAACAUUUCUCUUCCUUCACUGCCCUCAGAUGGAAAAGAAACAUCGCUGACAACUCUCAGUCCCAUGAGUACAUCCUCUGAAAUAACCUCUUUAUAUCCUAGAACAACUGUACAAAAAACUAUGUUAACAACAGAAAAGACCUCUCCAGUCCCAACUUUCUCUAUUUUAUCUUCUAUAUUAGAACAAUCAAGUUCAAUAACAACAGUACCAGAUGAAAAAUCACCAGUGAAUAUCACUGAUGCCACAUUCUCCCCAGCCUCUGAAUUCAGCAGUCAGCUCAUAACAACCAAAAAAAUAAUGACAGGCAAAGAAGAAUCCUCUCUGUCCCCUUCUGUUGCACUUCCAGUGACAAAGCCUUCUUACAUUUUCUCCACCUCUCAGUAUCUAGGAGAUAAAUUAGUUUAUUCACCUUUAACACAGCUGCUACCAGAAGUAACAACCACACCAAAACAUUCAGUAGAAACUAAAAUGGUUUCUACAGCAUUAAAACCUGCAGUCCAGAGUAUACCUGAAGCAGUGAAAAUUCAAGCAGCUGCAGCUCAGCCAUCCCUGCCUCCAUCUUCAGCAGGCCCCUUCUCCUUGCAGACAUCUUUAGGAGCUAAACCUUUGGUACCAACCACCAGGACCACUGUUACACCACCUGAUUCGGCUCAGAAGACUACAGAACUUGGUCAUCAGACCUCUCUACCUUCACUGACGAGCCAAGUUCACCAGUAUCCUGCAGAAUCUCUAACACAAUCCCCUGGUCAGCCACAACCUGUCUCUAGCACAACUGAAGCUGCAGCAGAACUGACUUCCUUGAAGACCUCACUACCUGAAGGCACUCAUUCCAGUGUGUUACCUACCUCAGCAGGUCCUACCAAAGUUAUUUUACCAACUCAAAAAUAUUUGCAUUUAACUGAUGCAGUCACACAGCCACUUGUAUCAAGAACUUCUGUUUCGCAGCCUACAGUCCCAGCUAGAGCAACAGCUGACUUGAUUUUUGGCACCAAAUUUCCCCCUUUCUCACCGGAAGUGCUUGCCAUUUCAUCUUCUUCAGCAACAAUUGAAAAAGAACUGUUUCCUUCAUUUUCCACGCAGAAGACAGCUACAGAUCUAAAAUUUACACAUCAGGCCUCAUUUACUAAAUUCCUUGAUUCAAGACAAACACUUGAAGCAUCACCUUCAUCAGAUUCUGAGUCAACCUCUUCAGUGGUUUUGCCACCAGGAACAGCAGAAGUUCCUGUUGUGUUGGGCUCCACAUCAGGGGAAAGUGGCACGGAGAAAGCUGUGGUGUUGCCUGAGCAGGUCACACCUUCAGCCACCACCCACAGCUCCAUGAUCCUACCAAGGACAGCCUUGCCCACUGAGCCCCGUUCAUCACCCGCAGCUUCAGCCUCUCCAGCGAUAAGCAGUGCUGGGCAAAACCUCAGUACUGCAUCAGCAGCUUCAGACAAAGCAGCAGCAGUCACAGAGCCCAUCUCCAGCUCUCCUUCUGUUACUUUAGAAGCAAAAGGAGCCGUGCCCCUCGACACAGUGAAGUCUGAAGAGUCAGAAUUAAUGACAGAAUUCCAGUCUGUCCGUACUCAGGGUGUUACUGUUACACCUCAGACAUUUUACCCUCUGUAUUUCACAAACACAACUUCAGUUCUGUCCAUUGCACAUUCGCCUGCUGAAUCAAAAGUGUUUUCUUCCAUAGCUGCAUCAUCAGUCAGUACACCUCAAACUUCAAAAUUUGAAGUAACAUCUGAGAUGCAAACACCUUCUGUGAGUUCACUGCUAAUGAUAUCUGAUCAUCCAAAUGACACAGCAGCUCCAUCAGUUUCCUCAUUUACUUCAUCUACCAAACCACUUCAUGGCUUGACUACAACAUUUUCUGAUGGGCUGACAAUAGCUGAAGCCGUGGCAGGAGCUGCAGCAUCAUCUUUUAUGUUGCCUCAAGAAACAGCAACUCUUCAAACUUGUACACCAAUCACAGAGAAUGAGUGCAUAAAACACAUUUGUUUGGAUGGACGGCUGAUCCAGGUUAAUAAGUCACAGAACUGCCCAUACAAUGCUACUCAACCCAGCUGUGGAGUUUUAGGAUUUGCUACUCAAACAAAUGGUGACAAAUGCUGCCCAAAGUGGGAAUGUGCAUGUCGUUGCACCAUUUUCUCUGAUCUGAGCAUUGUAACCUAUGAUGGAAAUCAUUUGGCUUUAUUCAAAGAAGCAUCCUACAUUGUUAGUCAAACUCCAGAUGAAACUAUAACCAUCCAUGUCCUUGACUGUAGAAUGAAUAAUUCAAAUUCAACUUCUUUGUGCCUGGCAAUGUUGAACCUAACUUAUGUAUCAAAUCAAAUUAUUAUCAAUCGUUUAAGCAGAAAAAUAACAGUAAAUUCAAGAUCUGCUUGGCCUACUGUUAGAAAAUAUGGAUACAAAGUUGAAGAUUCAGGCUUCAAGUAUGCAGUUGAGACCCCAACAAAAAUCAGAAUUCAGUGGUUUCACAACACAGGUGUGAUGAUUAUUGAGUUGAACAGUACCAGAGAACCAAGAGCUUUGGGACUAUGUGGGUUUUGUGAUAGAAGCUUGGAAAAUGACUUGAUGCUUCCCAACAGGACAGUUUUAAGCCAAAGCAGUUCACCCUCGACUUUUAUAGACAGCUGGCAAGUGCCAGACACGUUAAAGUAUGUCGGAGAAGACAGGCAUCAGGAAACUAAUUGCUCAGUCAUGGACUGCUCAGAGUGCUUAAGAAUGGUGUUGAACCAGACCUUCAGCAGCUGUCACCCUUAUAUUCCACCUGAGCAAUUCUGUGAUAUAUGGGCUCGAGACACUGAGUACAUUCAAAAUCCAUGUGUUUCACUAGCUGCCUAUGUGGCAAUGUGCAACAAAUUCAAUGUUUGCAUAGAGUGGAGGAGCUCUGAUUAUUGCCCCUUCCCCUGCUCUGAAAACUUCUCCUACCAGCCUUGCAUAGCUGCCUGUGAGGUUCCAGAGAGUUGUGAGAAUAGAGAGGUGGCUCCUCGGGACUCAGACUCCUGCUCAGUGCUGACAGAAGGCUGCGUCUGUGCUGGAGGGACCCUCCUUCACCGGACCCAUACCGCUGUCUGUAUUCCUGAAGAAAAAUGUGCUUGUACAGACAGCUCAGGAGCACCUCAUGCCAUGGGUGAGAUCUGGAGAACUUCUUUGAGUGGAUGCUGUAUGCAAACAUGUGUUGACAGUGAGACCAUAAUUCCAGUGGAGCACAGCUGUUCAGAGAUCCACAAUUUGGAGUGUCAGCGAUUUGCAGAAGUGGCCUUGCUUGUUCCUGAUGAUCAGACCUGCUGUCCUCAGAAGAUCUGUAUUUGUAAUCAGAGUCUCUGUGAACUCCUAAUCCCUGAGUGUAGCAGCUUGGAGAAGUUGGUCACGUACUACAGUGAAGAAUCCUGUUGUCCCAGCUACGUUUGUGAAUGUGACCCAGAAAAAUGUGAGCCAUUGGAGCAGAUGCCAAGCUGUCAAAAUGAUCAAACACUAAUUGCUGCUCGGGUGGAGAAUACCUGCUGCAUUUCCUAUAUAUGUGCAUGUGGAGCUUGCUCGGAUCAAUUUCCCAAAUGUCAAGAAGGAGAAGUUCUCAUUGUGGAUGGCAACACUACUGACAGGUGUUGUCCUACAUACCAGUGCAUCUGUGAAACACAUCGUUGUCCUGAAUUCAGAUGCAUGCUGGGCAUGUCUCUGGUGGAGGUCUGGAGCCCGGAGAAGUGCUGCCCCUUCCGCACAUGUGAAUGUGCGUGUGAAACAAUCCCCAAACCACAGUGCAAACUGGGGCAGAAACUUCAGAUAGAUGAACUGUUUCAGAACAGUACAGAAAAUGUCUGUAACUGUGUGAAGUACAAAUGUGUGAGAGACAAAGUUUGCCUGAGUAAUGAGAGAGGUGUGCUGCUUCCUGGGCAGAGGAUCGUGGAGCACAGUGCAGAUGGCAUUUGCCAUAUUUCCUAUUGUACAAAUGUGGUUGAUCCCUCCACUAAAUACUACAGAAUAAACACAUCUUCCAUAGACUGCGCUGUCAAGUGCAAAGCUAACCAAGUCUAUCAGCCUCCAAAAGAUUUAACAACUUGCUGUGGUAGCUGCAAGAACAUGUCUUGUCUCCACGCUUUCAGCAAUGGCACAGUUACCAGUUUUAAGCCCGGUGCUGUUUGGAUUUCCAACUGCAUCAGAUAUGAAUGCACCAACACAGCAAUAGGAGCAGUUCUGGUGUCCUCCGCAGUUGGGUGCCCACCCUUUAAUGAAACUGAAUGUGUGAAGGUUGGAGGCUAUGUUGUGCCAUUCUUAGAAGGCUGCUGCAAAACAUGUAAGGAAGAUGGUAAAUUCUGUAAGAAGGUGACUGUUAGGAUGACCAUCCGCAAGAACGACUGCAGGAGUAACACACCAGUGAACAUCGUUUCGUGUGACGGGAAGUGCCCCUCUGCCAGCAUUUACAACUACAACAUCAACACCUACGCCAGGUUCUGCAAGUGCUGCAGGGAGCUGGGGCUGCAGAGGAGGACUGUGCAGUUGUACUGCACCAGCAACUCAACCUGGGUCAGCUACUCCAUCCAAGAGCCCACAGAUUGCUCUUGCCAAUGGUCUUAAAAUAAGAGAAAGAAAGCAACAAGCCCAGCUGUUCACAGCAUAAUUUUGUAGUAGUUUAUCUAUUAAAAUAUAAUUGAAUUUCACCAGUAUACUGCAAAAGACCACAAAUACAUUUGGACUCUCCUAAGUUUCUGAAAAAGCGGCUUUGCAUCAUUUGUAUUGUGAUUUGUCUUCAUUUUCACUCACAGGGAUUGUUUUAAGGGUUCUUGUGAUACGUGCCAACAUAAAAGGUGAUUUACAUUAGUGACAUCUAAAGAGAAAGAGCACCAUCUGUUUUGUUCUGGAAGGCUGAUCCACUCUUUGUCAAGCCCUCAUUCCAGUUUUACAUCAUUGCCUGACUUACCUGGCAGCAGGUCACUGUUUUGAAAGCAUUGUAAUUGUGCAAGUAUGUUUAGUGUCUAUUAAGAAAAAUUCUUUGGACAACAUGAGAACAAUUUUCAGUUUAAAUCAUAUUCCUGUUGCUAAGUAGAGCAUGUAUAAGAAAUGUAGGAUUCAAUGUAGGAUUUAUUUUUUUUUUAGUCAGGGAAACAUUAUUCAUACUGAUAACUGUAUGUAACGUUCCCUGUGAAUCAUUUCAGUUUUUCUAGUGUGUUUUAUAUUGUAGUGAAAAGCAUUAUGGCAAGCAUGUGUUUAUGGAACAGAUCUGCUGUCUUUAGGCUAUCUAGAUUAACCUUUAUUCACUUUAUCUUUCUGCUAAACAAUAUGGCAUAAACUGAAAAUACACAGAUUUAAAAAAGGAAAACCAUUUUAUAUUCCUUUUUAUAGAUAUAACUUAAAUUAAAAUUUUCAUCUUAUGAAAUGAACCAUCCUUAAAUUGUCUUUUUAGGAGAAUGAACAUUGUUUAACACUAAUUUUAAAGAUGUGAAAGUUCAUUAGGAAAAAUAAAAUGAGGAUUGUAUGUAUCUGCCUCAAAGAAAAACAAAACUGAAAAUCUUUGUCACCUGUAUAGUAGAUGCAACUUCUUAUGGUAAGUGCUUGAAAUUCAAAAUGUACAAUUGUAAGGUUUGAAAUUUCAAAAGCAAUUUUUUUUAUGAACUUGAAAAAUUCAAUUUUUUGUAAUGAACUGAUUUUUUUUUCUUCUCUAAGCUGAUCUUACUAUUCUGUUCUUCUUUAACAAAUGCCACUGAGAUUAAGCAAAAAUUCAGUAGCUUGUGUUUUGUAGAUUAAAAUUGUAGAUAGCAUGCAGUGAUACACUUGAGGUCUAUAAAAGUAAACAGAUCUCAGCACCCCUCUUUGGAAGCUGCUUGUCUGCAGUAAAUCCAAAGAAAAAAGCAUUGU